CUCAUUUUUAUUUUCAUAAUUUCUCUUUCUUCUAAUGAUGUCUUUCUACGCUAGCAGACUUACGUUGUGUGCGGUUUUGCGGGCCUCAACAGAUGAAUCAGAAAUCGUAACACCACGCCUUACAAAUAUGUUUUGCAGGCACUGCACAAGUGUAAAGAUCCAUGUCAUUUGAUAAGUCUCGAUAGCGGUUGGAUAAUGGUACGUCCCCCCCUGCUACCCAUCACAGCUGUCUCAUCAUGAAUGUGUUGCGUGACUGUUCACCUUGGUUUUUUCGAAACAUAAUCUUUACUUCCUUACACCUUCUUGCUGAAAGGGAAGCUCAGGUAUUUCCUUUAAAGGGGAAGAAAUUUAUUUAAUGCUGUUAUUCACGAAGCUGCGGUUCAGCCAUGUUCUUGCUCUGGGCUUUGCUUUCGUCAUGUGUCGUGAUAGCGCACGGUGAGUUGUUCAUUGCUUUUGUCACGGUACGAAUGGCCCACAGUUCUUAAAUCCUCGCAAACUAGAAAAAUCGUCCCACCAACUGAUAAAUCACCUUUAUUUUUAUUGCUGGGAUAGCCUAAAUAUCGUGCUUGUCAGACGGUAGCAAAAGUCUCUCCUAAAGUUCAAUCCUCGAAGAGUUAGCUUGGACGAUUCACUGAAUCCUCACACUAGAUACACUCCACUGAAGUCAAAAUGCGUUAAUGACGCAAUCAAAGAUUUCUGUAACUUUCUUGUGGCUGGCUUUAAUUUCACGGGGUUUAACCUUUAAUAAUGCUCACCAAACAGAAAGGAAAAUCAAAUCAGUUAGUUACUGAUGUUUCGUAAUAAAUCACUGAAAUCAAGACCGGACGCGUAUCUUAAGUCUGUAAAGCACGUAUCGGUUACAGUAUUUUUCUUUAGGCGAUUGACAUGACAUAAUGAUAGAAACUUUCAAACGGGAAAAUAUACUUACUUGCGUAUCUUUCCCUGGAUUAAUUUCCCUGUACGUUAACCUUAAGCUUUAGAACUGGAAAGACUCACCAACACGGAAUUUAAUGAAGGAGUGGAGAAGAAGAUUCUCUCAACCAGCCCUCGUGUCUUCGCGAGAAAUCCACGCCAAAUUCACGAAUUACGCGAGUGCGACCCCUCGCGGGGACCAGGAGAAGGAAGUGAAAUAGGGUCAAAGCAGAAUGAUUACAAUGAAAUUGUCGCUUAUCGAUACACUGUUCUAAAACUUUCCAUGUUCUCAUCGUGCAGGAAGGAGAUCUUGAAGGCAAUUGUAAAAUCGCUUUCCUCUUAUGUUUGAGUACAUAUACCGGUUAAUUGUCCGGCUCGUUCAUAUUUCUUUAUUUAUUAUCAGAUGCCUUGCAGGAAUUUCGGCCAUAUGUAUUCUUAAGCUCUCCCAUAAAGAUUUGCUGAAAAAAUGUUCGACUGCAGGGAAAAUUUUGGAUAAUAUUUUCCGAACGAGAUGUAACGAAUCGAAUGUAACGUUAUUUUUGGCAGUACGUCAAAACAAACAUUAAGAAUAGACCAUAAUAAGUCAUCAAAUGUUUCGGAUUUGGAUUACACCUUUCAACUCCCAUGAGUGACCAAGACGGAAUUUCUUAUCAUAAUAUCAGUACAAUAUCAAGCAGACAAGUGAUGAGAAUAAAGAAAAAUAUCAUUUAGGGGAUUAUUAGUUGAUUUAAGACCAAUUUCUCCGAGCUUACAACAAACGAUUUGUAUGGCAGACAGUAAGGAGAAUUAUUCAUCAGAUCUAGGAAGUGAAAGGGCAUACGAAAAUGGCGGCGGAUUAAAAGGAUUUGGACUUAUUUCAGCACGGAUAGAUAGAUUAGUUUUAUUUUUUAACUCAGUCUACUGAUAGGACCAUCAUAUCUCACAUACCGGCCUUUCAAACUAAUUCACUUUUUUCCAUUCGAUAGCUUUAGAUGAGGACAUUGAAAUUAUUAACAGCGACUUUGGCCAUGUCCUCGACGAUCUUGAUCCUCUUCAAAUUCGUAAGUACCUUUGAAAUUUGAGCUGUUUAUCUUACUCAAUCAUCCUUUUUUGAUUAAUCAAUUAAUUGACCAAUUUAACUACUUAAAUUAAUUGUUUUUCGUUGACUUACAGCCACGAUCGAUGAGAAGGUUUCCGUUGUGGAACGCUCAAUCCCGAGUGACACAGCGACGCGAGUUCGGCGUCAAACAAUAAGCGUGGACAUGGGUGGAGGUUUAAAGGUCCAGGAUCUCACGGUCAAACAAGACUGCGAUGGAAUUCUCCUGCAGUGGAAUCGGCUCAAUUUGCCUCACAGGUGCGUGAAAUUAUCAAAGAGCGUUUCAGAAUCAAAAGUUCUCUUACUCAUAUUCCCUAUUUUCUAUAUCUUGAACAUCAAGAAUGUAAUGAAUUGUAAUUGGGCCGGAAGUGUUUUUCCACCGUCGUAAUUAAGAACAGAACUGAAAUCUAACUCAACUUUUGCUUGCGUUUUCUCCAUCUUACUUUAAGUUUUCUAACUAAAUUUUCCCUGUUGUGACGGAACUAACCGUUGUGGCUACUUCUGACUACUAAUGAAAGCGGUUUUUAUCCGUCAUGAAAUGGCUUAGAGGGUAUUUCAAUUAAGUGCCAUAGAAGCAAAACCAUUUCGUAAAAAAGAUCGUGGUAUUUCAUCGUGGUAAAUAACAAUAAAAGCUAAGUUUUUUUCGUUUGUCUCACGAUAUAGUCACGUGUGAUGUAGAUCGCGAUCUACAUCAAACGUGACUACAUCGUGAGACAAACGAAAACAACUUAGCUUAGCAAAACCAUGAUUAUCAUAUCAGCCAAUCAAAGCAAAUGUAAUAAUGCUAGGGGACCAAUCAGAACUCAAGGUAAAAACAGGCAAACUGCCCCAUGCGCGGGAAAAACGCGGGUGACCAAGUCGUGCUUGGUUUCAGUUUUGCAUCUGAGUGGUUGGAUGGGUGGCGUGAGUUGUUUUUGGACCAAUCAGGAAGCGAGGUGCAACAAGGCCAAGGUUGUUUUAGAAUAUGUUCGACACCGACUUGAAAAUUGCUCUUUCAUCUACAUAACACCUUUUUUUCAUUUAUAUCCAUUUCAGCCCAAAGAAACCGACACAAAACAGUGAAUUUAGUCAUUUUAACAUCUAUCGGAAAACGACUUAUUUCAACGACGUAUCCGGUAUGACACCCUACGUGUCAGGCAGACAGGAUGCUUCCCUUCAGAACCCGGGAAAGACCAGCUACAAGGACUUGUACCCCCCACUAGGUGUAGACCUUUAUUAUGCAGUGACAAUUGUUGACGGAGAAGGGCAGCAGGAGACAUUGGUGGAUGCUAGAAAGGUAAAAAGGUUAUUUUGAAAUGCCUUGCGCGCCACCUUGAUAAACGGUGCAGUGAUAAAGAUUAUAACGAACAGAGAUGAUAAUUACAUUAAAAGUUUCUCAUGGACCCUCCAAAUAUUUAUUUUUGUCUGACGCUCGUGAGAAGACGAGAAAGCAUCUUUCUCUAUUCAGUACCGAGCUCAAACAUCUCUCCUAUUCCAUCUACACGCGUGACGCUUUUGGCUGAUCUUAGCCGUUUGUGGUGUGCAUGUCCUCGUAAAGGAUGGUCGUUGUAGUUUGCUGUAGAGUCUCUAUAGCUAAUUGGUAGAGCAUCGUAGCGCGCAAUCUAAAGGUCUGACGUUCAAUUCCUCAUGGGGUCCCAGACUUUUUUCCUUUGUUCCACGUUCAGAACAAGACAAAAAGAGGUCUUUCUUCAAUAAUAAUAAUAAUAAUAAUGACAAUAAUAAUAAUGAUGAUGAUAAUAAUAACCUCGCUCCCAGGAAGAGGUUGGCCACAUCACUGUAUCAACCGCAAAAUUGUCAGAUAAUGAGCUUGUUUUAGUUUCCAAGGCUCCUUAUACAAAGUUUACAUGAACGCCUUAUGUAUGUAGCAAACAGGCCACUGCUUACUGAAAGUAACUAAACUGCAAAUAUCUUUACAGGUUUCCUUCGUUGGAUCAGUGAAAAAGACAGGAGCAUUGUAUAAACUUGUCCCAGGUUUUCUCAGCCAACGAGGAAAAGUGUUGCAUCAUAGCACAGCAUGGAAUCCGAAACGAAACGAGUAUCUUGUGGCGUUUGAUUUUGACGUUGACAGAGAUAAUCUUCCCGAUCAACUGUUUGCUUUGCGGGUCGACACUAACGCCAGAAUAGUGGACAAACGAAUGCUGAAUUUUACUGCCAACCUCAACGGAAAAGCAGGUACUGUAUGAAUUUGAAAAACUCGCAAAAGUUUUUAUGCGACUAGUUGAUUGUCAACCCGUGAAGUAUUGUGAUGUGUUGCAUUGUGUAUGAUUGACAGCUAUGAUUGGUGCAUUUCAACGACUGACCUCAUGGUCUGAAGAAGAUUAGCAGAAGCAGAUGUAAAAGAAGGGUCAGGAGUAUUCUUCAAACCCUUCCCCCCCCCUCCCUUAACCUCCCCUUCCCUCGUCUCCGUCACUAGUUGCAACGACAGGAUCCUUUACACGUGUCUCUGGGUGGUGCCCUUUAAUUAUCUGUCAUGUGACGUGUAACCCCCAAUGAAGGAUAGUGGGGAGGGGGGGAUGGGGGGGGGGGCAGUGGGCUAGUCGUUUGGUCGAGAGGUAAUCCGUCGUGUUUUCCGAAUCAAAUCUAAGUUUGCAUGCCCUAUCAAAACUUUAUGGAUCCGCCCCUGGUAUGCAGAUGAAACAUCAGUAUCCACUUCGAAAAUGAUCAUAUUGCGAGACAGACGAAAAAACCUCUUUAUUGUAGUUUUCAAUCGUAAUGAAUAACUUGUUUUUUUUACGAUGUCGAUUUUCGAUUUUCAGCGAAUCAAGGCUGGCCGAGUGUAGCCUAUAAUGAUAGGGCAGAUGAGUUCAUGAUUGUCUUCCAGUUUCGCAGUGGUGUUUGGCAGUACUUCCACGACAAAUACAUCAUAAUAAGCCAGAGAGUGAGGAGUUGGCAAACCGAGAGAGCUGCUGGGCCUUCGCUAUUCGUGAAGGCAACUGGGAAGGUGGGAUCUAGUGACUGGGUGGACGCCACGAAUGUCUUGAUCAAGUACAACAGUGUUACAGGUAGGCAUGCAUUGCGUGCAAAACGAUUUUCGUCCUGGAAACCGUAAUACCCCUCAGGUUGAGAGGCCCGUAAAAGAGAAACAGAUAAAGCUCGGUUUUAAAGUUGCUAUAUAAACUCUCCUCCGGAGCCUUUAGUUUACUAAACUGCUUAGGGUUGGGGUUAAGUUUCAAAUCCAUUUUUUUUCAGUGUUUUGGAAUCUUUUUGCACCACUGUCUGUCUCACUUUAUUGUUGGCGUGUUAAAUUCUGAGAGUAAAGCUUUAAAGACUCUCAGCAGCAUAGAAUAUUUAUUUUUAACAUAAGAAAUGAUAAACGCCAUCCUAUGGCAACGAGCUUGAAUUUAGUGUAGUUAAGGUUAUUUUUUUCCCUCGUUUCGAAUACUUUAGAGUAAAUGGUAACACUCAAAGUAAACGAAAAUGUAAAAUUGAACCAAAAAAUGUAUAAACGAAAAAAAAUCAAGUCUCUUUUUAUUUAAGGUGGUUAUGUCGGAGCUGUUGUCUUAUCACACAGUCGAAAAGAAGUGAUAGGCUUGUUUGCCGACGCCAGAGGCAAGGUACUAAAGUCUGAUCCUGUCUGCAGUUUUCGAGGAAAUGCUCAUGAGCCAAACAUCUUCGUUGACUCAAAAAGGAACGAAUUUUACUUCACAUGUACGGUUCAGGGUGGAGGAGUGUCUAACGCCGAUUUUAACCUGCGUCCUGGCCUCAAUAUGGUGGUUCUCACCAAACGCGAUGCUAACGGCGUGCAUGCCUCUAACACAGAGACUGCUGACACAAAGAAUUUUGUAGGUUACACUAACAACACGCAUGCAAAGACCAGCGGUUAUUACAAUGAACGCACUGACAGGUAUGUUAGCCUAAAUAUAGGUAAUAUACAUGGCUUUUGGGUCAAUGUCAGUAUCUGAGCGACUGCGUAGCUACCCCUCCCCAAACCCAAAAACAGUCAACUGAUUACAACUUAGGGAUAAUGUGGGGCUAGGGAAGGGGUAGGUGCGCAGUUGGUCAGAUACAGAAAUUGGUCUGAUACAGAAAUUAGUCCGAUACAGAAAUUGGUCCGAUACAGAAAUUGGUCCGAUACAGAAAUUGGUCCACACAAUCGCGCAAUAAAAUGUUAAUGUCGAUCCCAAAAAAAAAAUAGCGAUCCUUAAUACUUACUUUCAUAAUUUAAUAUCUCUCAGGAUUAACAACGUCGCACAGUUGUUAAAAAAUCUCAGUGCAGAUUCUAUAAGAAAUGACCUUAACUGUUUACUUUUCGACAGACUGAUCUUGUUUUGGGAAGACACGGACUCAGGCAAACCCUUCAUUGGAACAGCCUCUGUUUUGGUGACUCGUAAGCGUUAUGUGCGGGAAGUGAAGCCAUACAGUUGCUUGGCAACAAGGCGCGUGAGAGCGCCAUCGGCCGUGUACUUUCCAACAACCGGCAACCACAUGCUGUUUUGGCAGGAGCAAGGGCGGGGAACUUGGGUGAUAGGGGGAGAACUCUUACAAGGUCAGUCGAAGGUGUAGUCAGGAAGGGCGAGGGGAGGGGAAUCCAAAACUACGUGUAACUUCACCUCUUGUAUUGAAAAAAGGUCUACUUAUUAUGGUAAAAACAACGUGGUAUGCUAUACCAUUACGCCGGUCAAGAAGGCGAGACGACUCGUGAAUAGCGACUUGCAUUGGUUUCACGAAAACAACAACAACUCGAUUUCUAUAAAAUGGCUCCUGAGAGACACGAGGAAGAACGACGAAACGUAUUACGCUUGCGUCACUAACAACGCCUGCUGGCGUUAGGAACUAACUCACUCGUAUCUUCCUUUCAUAGGCAACCUGCAACUUGCUUUUGGAAGGAUGCAGAAGGAUCCAAUCACACUGUACAACAGCAAAAGCAGAAAAGCAUUUGUUACGUGGCAGGAAGCUGGCGUUGUCCUGUCUUAUCACGUUGAAGAGGCCAGACGUCCUCUCUGUGAUCCGCCAUGCAUGUCGCAAUGGACAUGCGCAUUGCAAGAUACGUGUGUCUCUUCAACUGGUGGUGAGUACAGUUUCGUUCCCAGUGCAUUCGUCUUUUUAAUCAAGUCACCGAGGAAGAUGCACUGAGUAUGAGAGUGAGGUCUGUAUCUUUUAGGGACAGCGUUCAAGAAAUCUGUCGCUCUUUUCUGACGCAAAUAAAUCGCUUUUUAAACAAACGAGAACAUUACAAUUAUAGUUUGAUGAAAUAGAAACACAUGCAACCGAUAACACUAAACCAAAAAGAUUCAAAGCUGGUCUAGGAUGGAUGAGAUGUGGAAAAUUGGACAACUGCUAAAGAGAAAGGGAGAAACUGAAAAGGCUAUGGAUGGUUUGCCCUUUAAACCCAAAGCGUGACUAGCCUCUAACUUCUCCAUACAGUAUCAUCCUUGAAUCAAAGAUAAAGGUCAUGAGAAUUAGGGAAAUUAUCACCUUCCUUAGAGGCUCUUGAUUGUUAAACAAAUUCUCAUUGUCAGGACCUUGUAAAAUGUAUAAAGAACAGUGUAGAGAAUUUGCAUUCUGAUGUUAGGGCCCUAAAGGGUUAAGGUUGGAAAAGAUUGACACAGAUUGUAAAUGACUUCUUUGAAAAUUUAAGGGUAAAUUUUUCGUGAUGCAGAAGUUGUGAGGUAGCUUUUAAGUAAAAAUGCACUAAGGAUAAACCAAGCGGUUAUAUUUUCUUGAAUAAAGAAAAUGUAUUGUAAAUAGAAUGAGGAAGAUGACAAGUAUUUCAAAAGAAAAGGUCGUUACAACUUAGACCCACGCUGACAAUUUCUUUUUUAAAUUCUCAGAUUCUUGUUCUACAAACAAUGGCGGCUGUAGCCACGUGUGUACUUCAUUACGUCACUGGAAGGUUCAGUGCUCGUGUCCAGGAAACUUGCAGCUUAAGGACGACGGGAAGACUUGUCAGGAAAGUGAGUUGGAGCCUUUCUUAGAAUGGUUGUUGAGAUAGGAACUCGUUCACAAAUUAUAGCGUGAACACUAGAAUAAACAGUAUGGGUUAGUAAGUCUCUGGGCAAUUGAUUUAUAUAGUUUUAUAUAGUUUUUAGCUAAGUGAUCAUAAUUUCUCGACGGUUGUGUUUUCUUUUUCGUUUUUUUUUUUCAUUCACGGUAAUGUAUCUGAAAUUGUUCAAUACUCUCAAAGCGUUCUAUCUCUAAAACGGGGCGCAUUUUAUCCCCGAUUUUUGAACAUACACUGAAAAAGUCUUAUGGAGGUUUUACCCCUUUUCAAGUUCGCCUUGCUUGUAGUAUUUCGAGCGUCAGUUGUUAUCAUGGUCGGAAUUUGCAUGUUGAACGACCUUUGUUAUAGUUUGACAGUGAUGUUGCAUGUCGACUGAAAUAUUCUAUGAUUCCGAUGUUCUACCACAAGAAAACGAGUCAAUAGAUUUGCGGGGCCAAGAAAUAAUUCGGUAAGGGCGAACUUGUUUUACCUCAGGGCGGGGAAAACCCGUAAAAAUGGUAUGAGGCGAACUAGCUUCGGGGCGAAACCUCCAGAUACAACAGAAAAUGGAGGGUAAGAAUGUCCUCAAUACGCCCGAUUUUUCUCCGCGAAAAGAGCGCGAUGGUGACGCAGUGGUUCCCUCUUUUUUCAGUCAGCAGCUUUUUGUCAAGCCUAAGUCCUUAACCAGUACCUCCUUUGUUCUCUCCCCAGCUCCUCCUUGCCAUGGUAUGACUCCCCUGACGAGACCGUCAACCCGACGAGAUUAUUUCUGUGGAGGGCUUAGAAGACACAUCUGUCCUGCUAACUCCUAUUGCCACAUUUCACCUUCUGAUGCCUUUGCAAAGUGCUGCUCAGGUAGGACAUGUUUGAUUUCGUUCAACCCUUAAACUCCCAGAGAUGAUUAAUAUGUACCUUCUCCCUAUAAUAUCCACACAUCAUGUAGCAAACAGGUAAUGAGAAUACUCAAACUUAUCGGGUAGAAAUUGUUGCCUAAAUCUAAUACCAAAUUCUCGUAACUAAUUUAUAAGGAAGUGUGCACCAGCUGGAGGGGAGAAGUAACAAACAGGUCGUGGCAGUUAAAGGGUUAAUCUUCUUUUGUCAAGGUCAUAGUAAGGCCUAGCUCAUAACAAAGAUCCCUGUAGCUCACUGGGUAGAGCAUCGCAACGCGCAAUCCUUCUUGGGACAAGGGGAAAAGCAUUUUUCCUACCGAGUAAUUGUCCCGUUUAGUUGUUUUACAUUUCCUUGUAAAUUAAGGUGGAGGUUUGCCAAGACACACAACCUGUCUUCAGAAAAAUGUCUCGAUGUGUUGCGUGAGGAGCAUUGCGUGAAAAGCGUUAUGUGCCGAGCGUUGCGUGGGAAGCGUUUCGUUAUGAGCAUUUCGCGACGAGAGUCACGUUGCCAGAACAAACAACGGCUAAAGGAGCAGCGUAUAACACGUUGACUAAAAAUUACUUUCUUUUCCAUUUUACAGCUCCUUUACCCAGUUAUUCCAUAAUAGUAGCUUCUCCUAAGGCAAUAUGGCAGCUGUUUAUGGACACAAAGCAAAACAGAUUCACUACUCAAAAGUUGCAGAUUCAAAAUCCCUCUAUGCUUGUUGCACUGGAUUACAACCCAGUAGAUAAGCGUAUUUACUGGAGUGACGUCGAUGAUAGAAGGAUAAAGCGAAUGUCUGUGACUGGAAUCGGAGGAGAGGAAACAAUUGCUUGGUAAUCUGAUUUAUUUUUUGUUAAAGAAAGAUCUUGACGCUAUCUCUAAUUUGUAUAUCUAUUUUUGUCUUGUUCAUUAUCCCAAUGAUAUUUUUUUAUUGACCCCAUUACAGAGCUUAAGGUGAGGAAAUUAUCCACAAUCACGUUCAAAGAAUUGUAGUGAGGUUUUGAUUUAUCUUGGUAGAAUGAUGUUGGUCCACUAAAGUUAUAGAGCGCUUUUCGAUCGAGUAUCGUAAUACCAAAACCAAAGUUAUCGCAAAAGCCACUCAAAAGAAAGGAAAAUACAUUAAUGAACCAAUGAGAACUCAAAGUGAAAAACCAUCCAACCUCCCUCGGGAAACGAGGGUCACCAAGUCGUGAUUGGUUUUAGUUUUGCAUCUGAUUGGUUGAGAGAGUGACGCAAUUCUUUUGGACCAAUCACAGAGCGAGGUAUAGAGGUAAAGGAAAACCGUCGCAAUAUCGGAUUUCUUUCGACGCUCAAUCGAAAAUUGUUCAGAAAGGUGAUCAAUACUGCUCUUGGAUGAGUGCCCGUGCAGGAAGUGCAAAUUUUUUUGCAGAUUCUUUGACAUUAGGCGUUUAAAAUGACUAAUUAUACUGAACUGAUGUAACUUAAUGUUAAAGAGCGAGCUCAUCCGAAUUUAACAAAGGAGCUUAGUUAAGCUGAGAACAGAGAUUUAGUGAAUUCAAAACGUGUGAAGAACAUUGGUGAUAAACCAGCCUGUGGCUCCUGUGUCUCUUUGUUGGUUCUUUCCUUUUUUUUGACGUCGUCGGUGAUCUAACAGACACGAGGCAUAGUGAAAUGUUUCUUAAAUACGUUUCAAAAUAGGAGACUUAUAUGAACGCAAUACUUUUGUGUCAAUGCAGGAAUAAUGUUGGGAUUGUGGAUGGAUUGACACUCGAUGUUGAAAAUGACUUGAUAUACUGGACUGAUGUCACGUCCAAGAGUAUAGAGCGAGCGAACCUGAACGGACAUAGUCGUAGGACUUUACUGGGGGGCUUAGACAAGCCGAGGGCAAUUGUCCUGUACAAGACUAGAAGGUUUGUAAUUCUAUUUAUUAUUUUUAGCGGCGAGUUUCCUCCAGGGGACGGGAGAUGAGGGUAUGGGAGUGGGAGGGUUUCUUGACUGUCGACAAUUUCUCUUUGUGACUAUCGACAGAAAUGUAUAGUAAACAGUAUGGAGAAUGUGCAUAAUGAUAUUUGGGUAUAAAGGUUUAAACCACUUAUCUAUUGAUUUACAACCAGGUGGAUGUUCUGGACAGACUGGGGAACUGUACCAAAGAUUGAAAGAGCGCAUAUGAAUGGACAUGGCCAAACGACCAUCGUAUCGGGAGAUUUAAGUUGGCCAAAUGGUUUGGUUAUCGACGAAGCUUCCCAGACACUCUUUUGGGCAGACGCUGGUCUCGACAAAAUAGAGACCUCCGACUUAACGGUAAAGUAUAUAGUUUGUUUUUUUUAUACUUUUUUCCUUUUUUUCAUUUUUUGAUAAACUUGGUCUCAUGAUUGACAUCCGUUUGCUUACAGGGAGGUGGACGUCGUGUAUUGCUCAGUUCUCCGCACGUGAAUCAUCCCUUUUCCCUUGCCAUUUUGAAUAACAGGUAAACUCACGCUUGGCUUGCAACUAUGGUAACACUGUUUAUAAACAAUUCGUCCAAAGACAAUUUUUCGACCUACGUGGCCGUAGGAAAAGCGAGGGAGCGACUCGCGACAAAUUUUAGCUGCCUUACGGUUACAUAAUAAGUUUUGCUGGAUUUCAUUGAGUCGUUCAAGUUCAUUCCAUGAGCCUUUAAUGCCUGAUUUUUUUAGGGGGGAGGGGGAGGAGGAUUUUGGUUGUGUCACAAUAUAAUUAAUUUAAUUCCUCUUCUUGGCUCUGUUGUUUACCAAUCAGAUCCCCUCAUUGGCGGCCAACUUUUUGAUUGAUCCCCCUUGGUACCUCUAAAAACCAUGCGAUCCUUCCCCCCCUGUCAAAUCCUCAGACCCUCCGCAAGAGAUGAAUAAUGCGCAAAUGAAAAUGCAUCACUGGCUAAGUCCAUCUUCCCUAUGAUCUUCAAGUUUUUCCUCUUAACACCAUAGAAAUGGGUGUAGAUUAAUUUUUAGGGAAAAUGAAUUAUAUUCCAAUUUGAAGAGAAAGCGAGAAAAUCUCAUAGAAUAACAGAGAGUAAAAGCAAUGCAGAAAACAUUUGAUUGAUGAUCAUGUUGUAACUACCAAAUCUUCUUUAAGACAGCUCAACGUACUAUUUCAUUGUUAUCCUUUCUGUUUUCCCUGUACACUUCAGGUUGUUUUGGAGUGACUGGGAAACAGGAGGCAUUCACUCAGUUGAUAAACAAACUGGUAAAGACGUCGUAACUGUAGCGUUAGGAAUUGAGAGGCCGACAAGUUUUGCACUCUUUAAAGCAGUUCCGCCAGGUUAGUAAAAGCCCGCUAUGUACGCAUACUUUUGACAAGGGAGCGCUCAUAGUGUUUUUUUUGUUUUUGUUUUUGUUUGAGAGGUUGGCCACCUUCUUAGAAUUUUUAAGAAAGUAAUAUCCAACUAGCCACCGUUUAAGUCUCCUAACGCUCAGUGCCUCUUUGCAGCUAGGAGUAAGGAUGAGCCUUACAUCCCAUUUAGAAGGAGCACAGCGGUCAAGCAUAAGGUUGCGCAAAUGAGUCACUUGCGGUCAGCCGCGCGCCAAUUUCCGCUCAAUCUUGUUAAUAAAAAAUAACACGUAAGUGUCGUUUGUUUUGCAAAAUUUAUGUACAUUGAUGCUUGUUUGUGCCAACGAAUUAUACAUAAUUUAACUUUAACUACAGUUGACGCAAGCGUCCGUUGCCCAGACCCCCGCCAUCCAAAACAUGGUUCUAGGCACCCCUCCCCUGAAGGCGAUGAUUACCCACAAGGCGCUGUGAUACGAUACACGUGUUUUCCUCAGUUUGACAUUCACGGUCCCGUGACUCGCAUGUGUUUGGCCAACGGUCAAUGGAGUGAAAAGGCUCCCGAAUGUCUCAGUAAGUAUACCUAUUUUAAAUAAUGGGGUUUCUUCGUCCUUUUUUUCAGAGGUUUGGGAAGGGAGAAGGGGUGGGCCAAUUAGGCACCCUCGCUAGAUGGCUGGGUGUUGGCCGAGUACAAUAUUUCCGUUUCUAUGAAUAAGCGGUCCAGCUAAUUCUCCUCGGCAUGCAUCACCAAGUGUCUCAUCGUAAUCGCCAGCACAGAACAUGGUAACAAAACAAGCUUAGUCAAAGAAGGAAUCGUUGCAUCGCAAACGAAUCUUACAAACUAUUUUUAAAAGGAUUCAAGAAGUCCGACACGGUUUUUUGGAUUUUUUUGAUCAUCGAGACGUGAUUUCACUUCAAUAAAAAACUACCAGAAAACAUUUUCCUGUUUCAACGGAGAGUUCUCAAAAGUUGCAAAGUAUUCACUCCGGCUAAAAUAACUUGGAGCCAAAUUUUCUGGGGAUCAAUGCGGGCAAACCCGAGUAGGCAAACUAAAGUCAGAUAGCCAAUCCGAUCAUAGGACUCGUUUCCACUCUCCCGCUCGUGCACCCAGCCACACAACAAAUGUGUAUAACACCCAGAAUAAUAAUAAUGAUGAUAAUAAAAGAUAAAAACCUUUUUUCUCAGCUCCGCCACGAUUUCGGCUAGUACCGAGCAACGAGACUGUCGAGGAAUCAAAAACCAGCACUUUUCUUUGUUCCGCUUCAACCCCUGAUACAAAAAUCACGUGGUACAAAGACGGCAAAGUCCUGACCGGAAGUCACUUUGCGGUCUUGUCGAGUGGUAGUCUAAUGAUUCUGCGCGUAUACCGUGAAGACAAAGGCUGGUAUGUCUGUAAUGCAACGAACAAGGCAGGCACUAAACUGGCUCGCGCAUAUCUGAAGGUGUUGCGACCGCUGGACUCAGGUUAGUCUCAUCAAAAGACGACCGAAGCAGACAAAUUACUGUUUUGGGUUUUAAAUGUUAAGCUGUUAUUCAUUACUAUUUGUUACUUAAAGAAAACUUCGCCAUGCAUGUGAUAGGAAUCACAAACAUUUAAAUAUACAUGCAAUUAUUUCAGCAUCCUCACUGGUUGAGAACACUCACUCAGUCCCAAACAAUGUAGAAAGUUGAGAAUGAAUUCAAAAGCUUUACAAAAACUGCAGGAAAUUAAUUUUAAAACCAUAACCAAAGUAAUCACAAAGGCUAAUCUGGAGAAAGAAAAAUGACUUGAACAGCGAAUGAGAACUCAUAGUAAAAACAACCAAACUGCCUAAAAAACGCGGAAAAACACGUUAAUUUUUCACAAAUUACGUUUUGCACUCGAUUAAAGAGCUCGUGCAAUUUUUUUCGUCUUUGAAAUUUCCUCUUCGUUAUUUACUCCAAAGUAAACUCGAAACAGCUUUUUUUUGUUCAAAUGCAAAUGAUCCUGCCUUAUAGGUAAUGUAUAGGUUUACCUUGAUAACAAUAAAUAUAUGUGGUAUCGGGAGUCUGAUACCACAACCAACCAUUUUUCAAAUUCAGUCUUUCUUCUGUACUGAAGAAAAGUCACAAUGGCCCAAUGCUCUUUGUUCGUUUUUCACUGUAUAGAUUGUGGUAAGCCGACGCUAACUACUCGUGGUAAGAUUGUGGGCGGAACAAAGGUGGAAGCUGGUCACUAUCCGUGGCAAGUGAGUCUGUGGAACACGAGGGCCAACAAACAUUUCUGUGGAGGAUCACUUGUGUCUGAGAGGUGGAUUGUGACAGCUGCCCACUGUGUUUCUUCUGGAGGUAAGAAUUAGAUGCAUAUUUACGCGUGCGCUAUCUGAUUUAAAGAUCCAAGCUACCUUUAACAAAAAGUCCGGUCUCAGUCCCUCUUCAUCGGCUCGACCUAACUUGGAUCUUAUUUUAAGUUCCGUGACGACAUCUAGAGCGUCACACGUGAGUGCUUCUCUCGCCCAAACAUCCCAGUCCUAGCGCGGAAAAUGAGGUAGGAGAGAGGCCAAGGGAUUAGAUAUUCAUUAAGCCACGUGACAGGUCGUGUGAUGGUUUUCAAAGGCUGCAAGUCUAACAAAAGCUUUGAAAUAGAGUGGAACUAGGGAGGAGAAAGCUAUGUUUUGUCUGCUGAUACAUUUUUUAAAAUAACAAUAUAUCUGUUUCUGAUGGCAAGGAAAGGCUGACGGCACGAGUAAAAUAAUAAUAAUUAUCGCAAGCAAAUCUGAGUGAAAUUAUUGCAGAGAACAGAAAUGCUCCCUAACCCUUGUAAAACACUUACUUCAGUAUGCAUAUUUUCCGACCAGUUCUCUAUGCAUUCCCUGUUGUUCUUAGAAAGAGAAUCAAUCGAGAGCUUCUUCACGUGGCGUUUUUUUCUUUUUAUCUCAUGGCCUUAAGUUUUGAUUUAUUGGUGAUGGUGUAAGGAGAAGUUAGUCACUUUUAACAGUUUCAGGGUUAAUCAAACGCGUUCGAUGUUACGCCUGUGUUAAAUUGGAGUAUGUAGAUCCACUUCGGCUGGUUUACUUUUAUACUCAGUUGCGUCAUGACCCUUUUCACUCCUGAGACCAACAUAUCACUUCACUGUACUCCAUACAUUGCGUAUAAUUUUGGCUUUGAGAAUCAAAUCAAACAAUAUCCCCAAAUAUAUGUUUUCCUGUUUUGUCAUCACCUUUUUACUUAAAAGUGUAAGAACAUUGUAAGGAGAAAUUUCUCCUUGGUCACCCUUGGGAGUAAAAGUGUUGAGCUUGAAAACUUGAUCUUCCGCAGGAAUUUCAAUCAGUGAUGUUGAGGUACGCCUUGGUAAGUUGUACACUAACAAACCUGAACCAUCCAGAGAGCAGAUCAUUCGUCCGGACAGGAUCGUAAUUCAUCCACAGUACGAUAGUGACCGUGCCGACUACGAUGCAGACCUCGCCCUUAUUCACCUGAAAUCCGACGUCAUAUUUACUGAUUACGUCAGACCUAUCUGCCUUCCGCUGCGGAGACAAGACAGUGAUAGGACUCUGCUAAGGACUGGCAACAUUGGGGUCAUUACAGGAUGGGGCCGGAAGAAGGAAACCGGUCGUGAGGUCCUUAGAAGAAUGCACCAAGUCAAAGUACCAAUAGUGGACCAGGCGUUGUGCAAGGCAGCACACACGAGGUAUCCCGUCACAUCAAAUAUGUUCUGCGCCGGCCAUCAUAAUGGCACACUUGGUGACGCUUGUCAGGGAGACUCGGGUGGACCGCUGGCCAUCGAUAACAGUCAAACAGCAAGUGAUGAUGAUCAACGCUGGGUGCUCGCGGGCGUCAUUUCCUGGGGAGAUGGCUGCGGUAGAAUUGGCAAAUAUGGCGUCUACACUCGGGUGUCGAAAUUUGUUCGAUGGAUCAAUGAUCAAGUCGUUAUGGACUGACGAUUGAAUGCGAUACGGUAUUUUCGAGAAAUUGGGAGUCUAAAAAAAUAAUAUAAUGCGCGCUUAAUAAAACUUAUAUCUUGUUAUCAUCUAGCGAACUUGAAAAUUGUAAUCUGCCAAAUUAAAAAGGGGCGUAAUAGAAACAGUAGUUGGAAAUUUUCUUAGGCUACAAAGUUGUCACACAACGGAUGAUUAAAGUGGAAUAUAGGCCAUAUUAUGCUAUUGACUUCAGGAUUGUCCCCUAGUAACGUAAUAUGUAUUAAAAGCGCCUGGUUCUUCAUAUUUUUGGCUCGGUUAAGCGUGGGCCCCACCAUGAAUAAUGACUUCAAGCUAGGACUUGAACAAAAAGGAAAGAGUCAUCCCUGUCACCUGACUCAACUGCACUGAGACCCUGACGGCGAGAGAAAUGAUGGGGUCUGGGGACGAGAUUGAGGUGGAAAGAUGCUUCAAUGAUCCCCCAUUCAAGCUACAGUAGAAUCCCU